AUGGACACCCUGGUCCGACUUCUGCAGCUGCUGGUGCUGCUCCUAACGCUGCCCCUGCACCUGAGGCUGCUGGGCUGCUGGCGGCCCCUGUGCAAAAGCUACUCUCCCUACCUGAUCGCCGUGCUGACUGCCAAGAGCAGCUACAAGAUGGAGAGCAAGAAAUGGGAACUCUUUGGCCAGAUAGAGGGGCUUAUGGGAGCCUCCGCGAAGGUGGAGCUGCUGGAUCUGGGCUGUGGCACGGGUGCCAGCUUUCAGUUCUACCCAGCUGGCUGCAGGAUCACCUGCCUGGACCCAAACCCUCACUUUGAGAAGUUCCUGGUGAAGAGCAUGGCUGAGAACAGGCACCUCCAACAUGAACACGAACGGUUUGUGGUGGCUCCUGGAGAGGACAUGACACAACUGGCUGAUGGCUCCAUGGAUGUGGUGGUCAGCACCCUGGUGUUGUGCUCUGUGCAGAGCCCAAGAAGGGUGCUGCAGGAGGUCCAGAGAGUGCUGAGGCCGGGAGGCAUGUUCUUUUUCUGGGAGCAUGUGGCUGAGCCACGUGGAAGCUGGGCCUUCCUGCGGCAGCGGGUUUUACAGCCCACCUGGAAACUCAUUGGAGACGGCUGCUGUCUCAUCGGAGAGACCUGGAAAGAUCUGGAGAACGCCCAGUUCUCUCAACUCCAAAUGGAGCGACAACCCCCUGCCUUCAGAUGGUUACCUCUUGGACCCCACAUGAUGGGAAAGGCUGUGAAAUAA